AUGCGCUCAGGAGGUUGUGCAUUGCAGCAGACCCUCACAUCAGAGGCUGCUUCAGUUUUGAAGCAUUCUCUUGUGUUGGCUAGAAGGAGAGGCCACCCACAGGUCACUCCUCUACAUGUAGCAAUCACUUUACUAACCUUAAGGCUAAGUUCUUUCAAAAGGGCUUGUCUUAAAUCUCAUCAACCACAUCACCAAACUUCAUAUCAUCAUCAUCCUCUUCAAUCUCGAGCUCUCGAGCUUUGUUUCAAUGUAGCUCUUAAUAGGCUCCCGACAACACCGUCUCCUUUGAUUCACUCUCAACCUUCACUUUCCAAUGCCCUCAUUGCGGCGUUGAAAAGAGCUCAGGCUCAUCAAAGACGAGGCUCCAUAGAGCAGCAGCAGCAGCAAACGGUUCUUACCGUGAAAGUUGAGCUUGAACAGCUUAUUAUAUCGAUUCUCGAUGACCCUAGUGUUAGUAGGGUUAUGAGAGAAGCUGGAUUCUCUAGUACUCUUGUUAAGAACAACUUAGAGGAUUCUUUUUCGCCUUCUAAUUCAGUUUUUAAAUGUUAUAAUAGUUCUGGUGGUGGCGUGUUUUCGUCUCCUUGUUCACCUUCUACUAGUGAGAAUCAUAGAGAAAACAUUAACCUUGGAAGUUUCAGACAGAACCAUUUCAUGGCUUCUACUAAUGCUAACUACAGUUCUUCUGAGUUUAACUCACUUCUCUUUUCUCCACCAAAGAGAACUGAGUUGUUGACUACUUCAAAUGGACUUGGCUUGACCCUUCAUUCUUCCAGUGUUCUUGAUUCAAGGAUAAGCAUCUCUCAGAAUCCAUCUCCUAUGAUGGAAACAAAGCCAUUUAGUAGCGAUAAGGAGCAUGAGGAUAAGCUUAAUUGCUGUGAAGAAUGUGCAUCCAACUAUGAAAAAGAAGCUCAGUUUCUCAAACCUCAACAGAAGAAAACAUUGCCUUUCUGGCUUCAGUCUCAUGGCACAGAAGAACCAAAAAAGGAUGGAUUAACCGAGUUGAAACGUAAAUGGAAUAGACUAUGCCAUUGUCUCCACCAAAACAAACAGCAACAAAACCACUGGAAUUGGAGCAACAACAAUCACAGUUCAAACCACAAUAACACAUCAAGUUCCAUAUCUAAUAACUCCAAUCAUACACCUCGAUUUCGUCGCCAACAAUCGUGCAUCAUCGAGUUCAACCUCAACGAUAAAAGGCAAGCAGCCAAGCCAUUCUUUGAUUCUUUCGAAAGCAUGGAAGCUAAAGAAGUAAAGAUCACUCUUGCACUUGGAAAUGGUAGUGAUUCAAGUGAAAAGGUGAUACAACAAACUCAUGUUAGUAUUUGUAAACUAUUGGAAGAGAAUGUGCCAUGGCAAUCCGAAACAGUUUCUUCAAUAGCAAAGGCCUUGAGUGAUUAUACCAAAUUAUCAAAACAAAGUGAAAUCACAUUCACAUGGUUAUUUCUACAAGGCAAUGAUUUCAUAGGCAAAAGAAGAUUAGCACUUGCUAUAGCAGAAUCAGUUUUUGGUUCAGCUGAUUUGGUUCUUCACAUGGACAUGCUAAAAAAGGAAACUUUAACAACCCCAUUUUCUGAAAUGCUAUUAGGAGCAUUGAGAACACAUCAACAGCUUGUGGUUUUAAUAGAAAAUGUUGAUUCUGCUGAUACCCAUUUCCUGAAAUUUCUCUCAAAUGCAUAUGAAAAAGGAAAGUUUGAAACUUUAAGCAGCAAAGAGGGGAAUUUAGGUCAAAUUAUAUUCAUACUAACAAAUGGAGGAUCCACAAGCAUUGAAGAGAAGAAGAACAAAGCUGUAAUCAAUUUGUUGUGGCAGAUAACUGAAACUAAACCUAAUUUUUACAGCCCCAAGAGAAAAUCUGAAUUGGAUCUGUUUUCCAAAAUCAAGAACCCUAGAAUUGAAGAAAAUCAAAAGGGGUUGUUGAUUUCUGAACAAGGAAGCAAAAAGACAGAAUUUUUAAGACAAUCAAGCUUUAACAGUAACACUCUUGAUCUGAACACGAAAGCUGAAGAAGAAGAAGAAGAAGAAGUUGAAGAUAGCCCUAAUCCAAGUGAUUUAACUAGAGAAACUGUAAAUGAUCCAUUGAACUCAAAAGGGUUUCUUGAUUCAAUUGAGAACAGGUUUGAGUUCAACACAAAUUCAGACAAGGACAGAGAAAAGACAGAGUUUUUUCUGUCUAAGAUGAAAGGGUCAUUUGAAGAGGUUUAUGGUAAAAAGAAUGUGGUGAAUUUUAGUGUAGAUGAGAAAGUGAUUGAGAACAUGUGUGUUGGGUGUUGUUUUUUUACUAACAAAAUGUUUGAGAAAUGGCUGAAAGACAUUUUUCAAAGGAGUUUAGAAACAGUUAACUUUGGAGGGAAGGAGGGUAUACUUUUUAGACUUUGUUUGGAGGGUGGUGAUAGAAAUUGGGACAGUGGAUUUAAUGGUUCUUGUUUGCCUAAGAGUAUCAAAGUUGAUUGCUUUAUGGAGUAA